CUGCCUGCUUCCCUUUCCACCCCUGUCUAUGUCCCCUCCCUCCAAGAGAGUAAGACACUGAGCCAGACACCUUUACUGGCUGGCCAGCUGAGCUCACUGAGGCUGAGGUAGCAGAAGGCCUUAUCCAUGGACUCUCACGAAAUGCUGCUAGCUGCCACAUACCUGCUGGGAACACUGGCCUCUUUCUGCUUUGGACAGUCUGGAAGGGAUGGCCCAGGUGUCCCGGUAACGCUAAGAAACUCCAACUCCAAGUGUCAGGGCCAAUUGGAGGUCCAGAUGGAAAACCAGUGGAAAACGGUGUGCAGUUCCAGUUGGAGGUUGAGCCAGGACCAUGAGAGAAAUGCCCACCAUGCCUCUGCAGUGUGCCAGCAGCUGGGAUGUGGUGCCCCCUUGGCCCUUGGCUUUUACUCUUUAUGGAACAGACGCCAGAACCAGAUCUCCUGCCAAGGAUCCCCGUUGUCUUUCUCCAACUGCAGCAUAACUUCACUAGCCCAGUGCCUUCCGCUGAGCCUGGUCUGCCUAGAGCCCCAGAGGACAACGCCUCCACCCACAACUACCCCACCCACCACCAUGCCAGAGCCCACAGCUCCUCCCAGAUUGCAGCUGGUGCCAGGACACGAGGGCCUGAGGUGCACAGGUGUGGUGGAAUUCUACAAUGGCAGCUGGGGUGGCACCAUCCUCUACAAGGCCAAGGACAGGCCCCUGGGCCUGGGGAACCUCGUCUGUAAGUCUCUGCAGUGUGGAUCUUUCUUGACACAUCUGUCCAGGACAGAGGCAGCAGAAACACCAGCUCCUGGAGAGCUGAGGGACCCCAGGCCCUUGCCAAUUCGAUGGGAGGCCCAGAAUGGGAGUUGUGACUCACUACAGCAGUGCUUCCAGAAAACAACCACCCAGGAGGGUGACCAGGCACUCACGGUCAUCUGCUCUGGUUUCCAGCCCAAGGUUCAGAGCCGCCUGGUGGGGGGCAGCAGUGUAUGUGAGGGCAUCGCUCAAGUGCGCCAAAGAUCACAGUGGGUCAACCUGUGUGACAGUUCUGCAGCCAGGGGUCGGGGACGGUGGGAGGAGCUUUGUCAGGAGCAGCAGUGUGGCAACCUCACCUCCUUCCAUGCGAUGGAUGCUGACAGGACCUCCCCCGGGCUCCUCUGUACCCAGGAGAAGCUGUCACAGUGUUACCAGCCUCAGAAAAAAAACCACUGCAAGAGGGUAUUCGUCACAUGCCAAAACUCAAAGCCAGUGGGCCUGGCCCCAGGCACUGUGGCAAGCAUCAUCUUGACCCUGGUACUCCUGGUGGUGCUGAUGGUCACGUGCGGUCCUCUGGUCUACAAGAAGCUGGUGAAGAAAUUUCGUCAGAAGAAGCAGCGUCAGUGGAUUGGUCCCACGGGAGUGAACCAGAGCAUGUCUUUCCAUCGAAGCCACACGGCAACUGUACGGUCCCAGGUUGAGAACCCAACAGCCUCUCACGUGGACAAUGAAUACAGCCAGCCUCCCAGGAACUCUCGCCUGUCUGCUUAUCCAGCUCUGGAAGGGGCCCUACACCGCUCUUCCACACAACCCGACAACUCUUCUGACAGUGACUAUGACCUGCAGGUGGCUCAGAGACUGUAAAAGUGCCAGUGUCUACUCUCUGACAUGCGUCCUUUGCAGCUCACAGAACUUGAGGCCAGCAACAAAGGCCAAGAACAUCCCUCCAUCCUGAGGAAGUAUUUACCACUUCUAGUGCUGCCCACUUCCACCUCAACCAGAACUUGGACAGAAGCCAAUGUCCUUUGAACAAGAUCUCUGGCCUUGCAGUGACAGUCUAGCUCCUAUAUCCCCUAUGGCCAUGAUAGCCUGGCUGCUUCCUCCAAGAGCCAACACUCAGCAGAUCGAGCCUACAAGCAACCAAUCCUUGCUAACAGAGACUCCAGUAUUCAGAGGAGUCCCAAUCCUUUGGGGAGCAGUGACCAGUCAGGUUGGCUUUCUCCUUGGACUCUGGCGCCAUGAACAAAUGAAGCGAUACAUCCAAGUGGGAUACUUACAAGUACUUAUUUCUCAAGUGUAUUUUUAAUAUAUUCUUUGUAAAUAA